AUGGCCACAAAAGAUCAAGACGAGGAGAGUGAGAAAGAGAAGCAAAUUGCCUACACCAAGAACCAGGAAGAAGAGGAGGAAAAGAAAGAGAAGAGCAAAAGCCAUGAAAGAACUUCUCUACCAUUUUAUAAGCUACUCUCUUAUGCAGACAUGGGGGAUGUCAUGCUCAUGGCCAUGGGCACCGUGGGUGCUAUCGUCCAUGGCAUGGCACAACCAGUUGGGUACUUACUGCUAGGGAAAGCGCUAAGUGCAUUUGGAAACAUACAUGACACAUCUGCUAUGGUGACGGCCAUUUAUGAGAUUGUUCGUUAUGUGUGGUACAUGGCAUUGGCCACCUUCCCUGCCGGUAUUUUAGAAAUUGGAUGUUGGAUGUAUGCAAGCGAGAGGCAAACUUCGAGGUUGCGGCUCUCAUUUUUCCGGGCAGUUUUGAGACAAGAAAUUGGAGCCUUUGACACUGAUUUAACACCUGGGAAUAUCAUGGCAGGCAUCACAAGCCAUAUGAGUCUAAUACAAGAUGCCAUUGGUGAGAAGCUGGGACAUUUUCUAUCGUGUUUCGCGGCAUUUUUCGGUGGCAUUUUGAUUGCUUUCUACUGCUGUUGGCAAGUAGCCAUGUUUACACUUCUAGUGGUGCCCAUGAUAAUGCUGGUUGGAGCCACUUAUAGCAAGAAGAUGAACUCUUUUUCAAAAUUGAGGAUGGAUUUCUUAUCAGAAGCCACUGCAAUGGUCGAGCAGAACGUUUCUCAAAUUAAGACCGUGUUUGCAUUUGUGGGAGAGAGCUCAGCGCUAAGGACCUUUUCACAAUGUGUGGAUAAGCAGUUCAAGUUAAGCAAACAAGAGGCCCUCAUAAAGGGCAUUGGGAUGGGUAUGUUUCAGGGUGUUACCUUUAUUAUGUGGGCCCUGAUCAUAUGGAUCGGAGCGGUUGUGGUUUCUGCUGGGAAAUCCGAUGGUGGGCUGACACUUGCGGCAGUGAUAAGCAUACUCUUUGGUGCAAUAUCUCUCACACAUGCUGCCCCGGACAUGCAAGCCUUCAACCAAGCAGGGGCUGCCGGCUACGAGGUCUUCAGAGUGAUAGAGAGGAAGCCCCAAAUCAGUUAUACCGUGGCUGGAAUUACACCUGAGAAAAUUAAGGGAGACAUUGAACUGCACGAUGUUCACUUUGCCUACCCUUCUCGCCAAGCCCAGUUUGUGUUGAGAGGCUUUUCUCUCUCCAUCCCUGCAGGCAACGUUGUUGCUUUGGUGGGUAGCAGUGGGUGCGGGAAGAGCACCAUCAUUUCUCUCAUUGAGAGGUUCUAUGAUCCAUCUCAAGGUGAGGUAUUGAUCGAUGGCCAAAACAUAAAAGAGCUGGACCUCAAAUUCCUAAGAAGAAAUAUUGGGCUUGUUUCACAAGAGCCCUCCCUUUUUACAGGCACAAUUCGUGACAACCUUAGACUUGGAAAUCCUGAUGCCAGCGAUGAUGACAUCAAGAAUGCAGCCACCAUCGCUAAUGCAGAUUCCUUCAUAUCAAAACUUCCCGACCAAUACAACACUGAGGUGGGAGAUAGAGGAGCUCAAUUAUCGGGGGGGCAGAAGCAAAGAAUAGCAAUAGCAAGGGCAAUUCUUAAGAACCCCCCAAUCCUUUUACUAGAUGAGGCUACAAGCGCCUUGGAUUCUGAGUCAGAGAAGCUAGUUCAGGAUGCCUUAGAAAGAGCCAUGUCAGGGAGGACUGUAAUUGUGAUAGCUCACAGGCUCUCAACUAUCAUAAAUGCGAACACGAUUGCUGUGGUGGAGGAUGGCCAGGUGAGACAAACUGGGACACACCAUGAGUUGCUUCAGACAAAUGACUUCUAUCAUGCUCUCUUCACAACACAAAGCAUUGACAACAUCAAAAGUGACAAUGACUCAUCUCAAAGGGAAGAAAAUCUUUCCAUGCUAGUUGGGCCAAAUGCAACUGGAACAAUGAAUGCAACUGGAACAAUAACAGAAAUUUGGAGUCCCUUAUAUGAAGACCAUCACAGUACAAAAUCACAAAUUACUGAACUGUCAAUGGAUGUGAAGAGCCAAUCAAGUGAACUACCUACAGUUUCAAGAACAAAAGGAAAGAUGCAAAGACCGUCACCAUUUUUCAGAAUAUGGUUUGGACUAAGGAAACAUGACCUUGGGAAAACCUUACUGGGUUCCGCAGCUGCUGCUCUCUCAGGGAUUUCCAAGCCUCUUUUCGGUUUUUAUAUAAUGACAAUUGGGGUGGCAUAUUACAGCCAUGACCCAAAGGGACAGGUCAGGAUCUACUCAAUCAGUUUUGCAGUUGUAGGAUUACUAGCUGUGUUCACACACAGCCUGCAACAUUACUUCUAUGGAGUGGUGGGAGAAGCAGCCAUGGGAAACUUCAGGCAAGCUCUGUACUCAGCGGUCCUUCGCAACGAGCUCGCCUGGUUUGAGAAACCUGAGAACAAUGCAAGCCUCCUCACCUCGCACAUUGUCGCUGACACAUGUCAAAUUAAAGUCAUCAUCUCCGACCGCACCUCCGUGAUUGUUCAAUGUAUCUCCUCUAUCGCCAUUGCCACCACUGUGAGCAUGGUCGUCAACUGGCGCAUGGGCCUCGUUGCCUGGGCCGUGAUGCCAUGUCACUUUAUUGGUGGUCUUGUCCAAGCCCGCUCGGCCCAAGGCUUUGCUCUCGACUCUUCACUUUCUCACUCUAAACUUAGUAAAAUCAUGGCUGAAUCAGCAUCAAACAUACGCACUGUGGCCUCCUUUGUGUGUGAGGACCGGCUCAUUGCACAAGCCAAUAGCUCGCUCAUGGACCCACUAAUGAGGAGCCGAAUUGAGAGCCUCAAGUAUGGGUUCAUACAGGGUUUCUCCUUGUGCCUAUGGAACAUAGCACAUGCAGUUGCAUUGUGGUAUACCACAGUUUUGGUGGAGAGAAAACAAGCCAGUUUCGAGAACGGGAUAAGGUCUUAUCAGAUUUUCUCCCUCACAGUGCCCUCAAUCACCGAGCUUUGGACACUGUUGCCUACUGUAUUUGCAAGCCUUCGCAUCCUAAGACCUGCCUUAAGGGUUCUCGAUAGGCAAAGCCACAUUGAUCCUCAAAGGAAUGGAGGCCUCAGAAGAGACAGAAUCUGCGGAGCUGUGUGCUUCCAAGAUGUUCAGUUUUCAUACCCAUUGAGACCUGAUUCCCUAAUUUUGCAGGGCUUGAGCUUCUCAAUAGGAGAAGGCAUGCAAAUGGCUCUCGUCGGCCCUAGUGGAUCAGGCAAGUCAUCAGUUUUAGGGCUGGUGCUGAGGUUCUAUGAUCCUCAGAAAGGUAGGAUACUAAUCGAUGGUAGGGACAUUAGAGAUUACGAGUUGAGGUGGUUGAGGACUCACAUAGGGUUGGUGCAGCAAGAGCCACUCUUGUUUAGCACUUCAAUUGUGGAUAACAUUCGCUAUGGGAAUGAGAAUGCUUCAGAGAGUGAAAUACUGGAGGCAUCAAAACAAGCAAAUGCUCAUGGAUUUGUGAGCAGUUUGCCAGAUGGAUAUGAUACAAUGGUGGGGGAGAAGGGGUGCCAGCUCUCUGGGGGUCAAAAGCAAAGAAUAGCCAUUGCUAGGGCCCUUUUAAAGAGGCCUUCUAUCAUGAUGCUUGAUGAGGCCACGAGUGCACUGGAUGCUGAAUCAGAGGCAAUGGUCAUGAGGGCCAUAGCUCAAUCUGGUGAGGGCUGUGGUUGCACACAAAUUAGGGUGGCACAUAGGUUGUCGACAGUUAUGGAUUCAGAUACCAUUGUGGUGAUGGAUAAAGGGAAAGUUGUGGAGAUGGGGCACCAUUCUGAGCUGGUCACGUCCGAAGGCGGGGUAUAUUCGAGGUUUUUCAAAUUGCAGAAUUUGUCAGGGAAAAGCAAUACAACCUUAGAUUAAGGAAACUAGGGAGAAGGUACAAUACUUCACACCUCAUGCUUUAGAAUUUGUUCGGGUAUGGAGUUCCAUAAAGAUGAACAAUAAUGACAUUAAUGGGGUGACUCACAGCAUUCAGCCAUCAGAAUUCUCUCUCUCUCUCUCUCCCACACACACACUCACACACACACACAAACAAACACACAAAUGCACAGAGACACACACCAAGACAAGCACAUGCAUACGAAUGCCGCAAGAACAAUAGAACGUGGAUCCCAUUGUCCCAGUAAACACACACACACACAUACGCACGCACGCGCGCACACACACACACACACACACAAAGAGAAGAGAGAGAGAGAGAGAAUGAGAGAGAGAGAGAGAGUUUUGAAAGAUAUAGAGAGAGAGCUUGGAAUUAGACAUUUCCUACAACUAAAGACAUCCUUUAUUUUUUUGAAUCCACAAAGUUCCACUCGAUUCUUCUGAUCAACAAAGUAAAUAGGGUUAGUGUAUAUAUAAUAAGAAACUUCGACAUUCGUCUUCAUUAAUUUAAUAUGUUGUAAACCUUGGUGAAACUCCCAUUUUCAUCGACCAAGGAAGAAACUCAAUAAUCCUCAACCUUCUAAUUUUAAACAACAUAAUCACAAACGAACAUC